UAUCUUACUAUCUACUUUUCCAUUAUUGUAGAAGAAAACCAAUCAAUCCAAAGCAGCCGUCCAUUUUUACACGAUUCUCACCCCACUCACACACUCUCUCUCUCUCUCCUAUCUCUUUUCUUCUCCACAUUCUCUCACUCUCAGAUCCCUCAAACCAAACCAAACAAACACCAUAUCAAUGGAGUCUCUCUUCUCCCAGUUCACCCUCCUCUCAAGCCAAGCCCUCUCUGACAAGAACUUCGACCCCUUCGCCAUCGAAGAUCUCAUGAAGCUCUUCGAGGUCGAAGCCUACAAGUCCUGGGCCGCCAUGGAGCUCCACCUCCAGCAAGAAGCCGAGGACGCCGAGUUCGGGUUGCAAGAGGCCGAGGACGAGCUCAAUUCCGCCAUGGAAGCCGCCAUGGAGGAGUUCCGGCUAUUCGAGGAGGAAAUGGAGCGGAUGGAGAAGGCGGAGCUCAACAGCCUGGAGGCGACGGCGGAGAGCGAGAGGAGGAUGGGGAAACUGAUGGAGAAAGCCGCCACUGUCGCCUCCAAGAGGUACAUCGAGGCCGCCAUGAACUCGGCCGCCGCUGCGAUGAGAUCGGCGUGGAAGGGGAUUUCGUCAAACAGAGUUCAUCCUUCUUGAGAAUUCAGAAUUCAGAUUUGAUCUUCAAUAUCAUCUGCUUAUGUGGUUUAAUGCCAAGCUUCUUCAUUUUCUCUUUAUCUUAAUUAAUUUAAUAAUUUAGGUUGAAGGUUCUUGUACUGAUAUGGAAAAGUGUAUACGUAAAACGAUGGUUUCUAUGAAGAAUUAAAUCAAGAAAAGCAAAAGCUAUGAUCUAUAUAUACAUUUCAGAGUGAAAUUUUCAUCUAA